AUGGCAGACGAACCAGUCAUUAUUAUUGGAGGCGGACUUGCAGGCCUGGUCGCUGCCUUUGAGCUCUCCAAACGUCAAGUACGCAGUGUUAUCGUCGAUCAAGAGAAUGAAAGUAGUCUAGGUGGUCAGGCUUUCUGGUCGCUGGGCGGCCUUUUCAUUGUGAAUACGCGGGAGCAGCGCGUGGCAAGAAUCAGAGAUAGUCGCGAACUCGCGUUACAGGACUGGUUGAGCACAGCUAAAUUUGAUCGUGAAUGUGAUUACUGGCCAAGAAAAUGGGCAGAGGCCUUCAUUGACUUCGCGUCGACUGAAUUUGAACAAUAUGUCAAAUCUCUCGGAUUGACUUUUUUCAAUGUGAGCUGGGCCGAACGAGGCGAUGGAUCUGCAGGAGGACAUGGAAACUCGGUGCCAAGAUUUCAUGCUUCAUGGGGCACCGGGCCCGCAGUCGUUGAUAUUUUCGAAAAACCAGUCAGAGAAGCCGCGAAGAAAGGGCUAGUGGAUCUUAAAUUUCGACACCAAGUUGACUCCAUUUUGGUUGACGAGCAUACCGGUGCAGCUAUCGGUGUGAAAGGCCAAGUUCUCGAGCCAUCUGAUACCGCACGUGGGGUUGCAAGCAGUCGGAAAACUGUUGACACAUUUGAGAUUCGUGGGAGCAAGGUACUCAUCUCUAGUGGAGGGGUUGGCGCCAACCUUGAAGUUGUUAGAAAGAAUUGGCCUGUCGACCGACUGGGUGCUGUUCCAUCAAACUUUGUUAUUGGAGUCCCUGCUCAUGUGGAUGGCCGAAUGAUUGAUAUCGCGCAUGAGGCUGGUGCCAAUGUAAUUAACAGCGAUCGAAUGUGGCAUUACACUGAAGGCCUCAGCAACUGGGAUCCUAUCUGGCCAAACCAUGGGAUUCGGAUAAUCCCCGGACCAUCGUCACUUUGGCUAGAUGCCGCAGGUCACCGACUGCCUCCAAUGCUUUAUCCUGGUACUGAUACCCUCGGGACCUUGAAGCAUAUCUGUCAUAGUGGUUCAGAUUACACGUGGUUUAUACUCAACAAAACGAUCGUUGCCAACGAGUACGUUCUUUCUGGCUCCGAGCAAAACCCAGAUAUCACAGGGAAAAGCAUUCUUCAAACACUGAAACGUCUGUUUUCUUGGUCGCCCACCGAGCCAAUCCAAGCAUUCAUGGACAAGGGCGCCGAUUUCGUGGUCGAGGACAAUCUCCCUGACUUAGUUACUGGCAUGAACAGACUGGCGAAGGAACGCGGCGGACCGGCUCUUGAGAUUGAGGACAUCGAACAUGAAAUUCAUCUUCGUGAUCUUCAAGUCGACAACUCAUUUAGCAAAGAUGCUCAAAUCAUGCUCAUCCGAAAUGCGCGCAACUACUGGCCUGAUCGAAUGUACCGAGUGGUCAAGCUUCACAAGCUGUUGGACCUAAAACAUGGCCCCCUGAUCGCGAUUCGAUUGAAUAUCCUGACUCGAAAGACACUUGGGGGCUUGGAGACGAACCUAGAUGGAAAUGUCCUCCGACCCGACGGAUCAAACUUCCCAGGAUUGUAUGCGGCGGGCGAAGCUUCAGGUUUUGGUGGAGGGGGAGUUCAUGGGUACAGUGCCCUUGAAGGUACUUUCUUGGGAGGCUGUAUCUUCUCAGGACGGACGGCGGGUAUAAAAAUGGCCGAAGCAGUCAAGGCAGAGACAUCUUGA